AUGGCGGUCGCAGCAGCUCCUGGAACUAGAGCACAGAAGACAGUAACACCGCUUACUGAAAAGGCACUGCGCCACCUGUUUUGUCUGGAUGAUGCUGCCGUCUUGAUCAAGAGCUACGUCACGAACAAGCGCCCGACGAAGGACAGUGUUGGCGAUGACACCCAGGAGCACCCUCUCAUGAUAUUCUUGAGGUUCUUCGACAUUAUUCGCAAGGGCAACCUCAAGCUUCCAAAGUGGGAUCACUUCACCGCAGAGAUGCUGUUGCAUCAGAGUACAUCACAAGACUACCUACCCUUCGGCCUUGCCAUUGUUCUCGACAUCCAAGAGGCAGUGCGCGACGACUAUCGUCGGAUGCUACGCGACCUCACCGAGCACGGCUUAGACAUCGCCAGGUGUAUCCGUUGUCAUGUCGACUACGAAGACCGCAUGUGGGCCAAGGGAACAAAGCCUGACUACAUGUGCAAAGAAGAGAUCAAGUUCAGUACCCUCCUUUUGAAGCCUCUAGACAGGCUGUUGGACUGGCUGCAAGAUGUCCUGAAUUCGCGAGAAGUGCCGAUGGCUGCUAGCGUCUUCAUCACCGUUCAUUCGACGCUCGCGGGACUUUCAAUGUGGCAUUACAACAUGAUCUACCACCAUACUACUAUUGCCCAGAUACAGUGGUUCGUCAAUGGCCUCGCUCACCUCUACAACGCCGCCUAUCAAAUCGGCGGUCUGAACAUCCAAUGGCCAGACCUCGACUAUCUGAUCAAGAUGCAUGGCACUAGUAGUCGCGCUAUGGCUACGGACUUCCGCCACACUUCCAAGUACCUCCCUCGGGUGUCGAAAGAAGUUGGAGUGGAACGCGGUUUACGGAGUGAUUUGCCAUUGGAGGCUACGAUUUCCGAUUACUAUGGCCCGAAUCCGGACAAUGACCGUUGGUUGAGGCGUCAUGUAGUCUUCAACCAUCUCUACCGACGGAAAGACGCUGUUGGAGACUCAUCAGACGAUGACUGUAAACAGGCUAGGCGGAUGUCAAAGGACUUGCGAGGCACAUUUGCCGAUCUAGCAACCAAAAUCACGCCCUCGAAGCCAAGGCGAAAGGGCAAGGACAAGGCCAAGGUACGCAAACCCGAUUUCGACAAGCAGGACACGACACACGCCAACCUCCUAGGUACCAUGAGGUCAGAACUGCAGGAGAACGAAGUACGCAGUAACUUUGACUUCCUCUCCUUCUAUCGCCGCGCCUUCGGCCUCGUUCUACGCCUCCGCAAGGAAGUUCUCAUGAGCGACGAUGUACGGCGCUCCCGGGCUGAAGACAUGAAUGCAAAUCCUGAGCCCCACAACUUCCAGCUGAUAACUGACCUCUUCCGCGACCUUCGAAUUGAGCCCAAGACUAAGAAAGAAGAGGUCGAAGCUGAGGAGGGUGCUGGACAGCAGAUCUCAGCCAAAGUCGUACCGUUGAAGCAGAUUCGACGUGUCGCUGAGAUGAUGCAUGACUUGACCCUUGCCAAGGGUGAUGUGGAGUUGAGGCACGCCAAGUUACGGGUCAAGGGGGAUUGGGAGGACCUCAAGGCUUCGUAUGCUGCUGAAGAAGCUGAGAAAGAGGCUUCUGGCGUCGAGGAGACCGUUCCACAAGCAGAAUCAGAAGACAAAGUGGUGCCUGAGGUUUCCCGUGCUUUGGCUGGUCUUGUGCCUCCGCUGGGCAUCGACAACGGCGCCAAGCGUAAGUUCGAGGCAGAUCGAGACUCGGAAGAUGGUCCGACGUAUACGCUGGGCUCCGAAGUCUUGGGACAAGAACAUCCACAGUGCGACACCAAAAACCGGUUAGACGAGCCUACUAGUCUAAAAGUCCUUGAUGUCGCUAUCGAUACCCAGGAUGAGGAGGUCCUGUCACACUUGGAGGACAAGAGGAAUGACAUCAGGCGCAAACAUGAACCGGGCCAUGACUCCGCGGACCGCCCAGUUCACCUGCUCAACUCAGGCGGUCAGAACGGCGCCUGUGUAGAAGUUGCUGCGGAUGAACACAUCCCCACUUCCAUCGCUCCCAAAGCAGACCAGCGCCAUUCCUUGGGCGCGCAAAUCUGUCAGGUUAUGGGCACUGCUGCCGCAACCUCACUCGCAGCACCCAUUAACGAUGACAACAAACACAGCGGCGCAGGAUCCCUAGGGAGCGAGUCAUUAGCUACGGAGACCAGGAACAAGCUAAAAGGGAUAUUCCACCGCAUCACAUAUUCCAGCACCACGUCUCGCCAAUCCCGUAUCACGGCCAUCAUUCCUUCGUCCUCGUCUAAGAAAGUCAAGCUUCUAACGCUAACCCAGCCGCGAAAGGGCUCAUUCCACUGUCUCUCUGACUCGUCUGCAGCGACGGAUGGCCAUUGCCGUUGCGGAGCUGAGGAAGAAGGCUAG